AUGUCUACCCAAAAACCCCUCGACACCCCACCAUCUUCCAUUCGAUCCCAAUCAUCUGAAAACGCGUCGAAACCUCCUCCCGACGCGCGUUCGGUCGCCUUUCCCUCCAACUCGAACGCCCCCUCUACUCGUGCCGAAUCCCCCUCCAAACUUCCUCGUUCCGUGUCAUUCUCCGUGGCCUCUCGUCCCAAAAACACGAAACAAAAAUCAUUUUCCACCGCCCCUGGCCCGCCCAUACCAUUCCCCUCACCCCCUGUGCCCGUCCACUCGCACGUCACGUCGCCUUCAUCGUCGACUAUCAACGCUGGAUCUGGCACAACGACACCAAUGUCGCUACCCGAACCCGACGACACACGCCCUCGCUACCAUUCUUCCGUCUCGCGCAACACCAUCCCCCGCUCGCAAUCUUCAUCUUUUGCUGGCAAACUCCAGUCCUUGCGCAAGAAGAUUGAGUCAGAGCUCUCCCGAAAGCGCCCCGGGUCGCAGAAUGCCCAGCAGGUUUCGGGGGGAGGUAACAAGAGGCAGAGCAAGCGUGCUUUGAAGGGGACUGUCGCUGGACUGAGGCCUAGUCCUGCUUUGACCGUGCCCGAGGGGAUGAGCGUGGCCGACGCGAGUCAGCUUUGUGCUGCCAAGCGUGCCGACUGUGUCUUGGUCGUCGACGAGGAAGAGGGAUUGAGUGGUAUCUUUACUGCCAAGGAUCUCGCUUUCAGAGUCACUGCCGAAGGCCUUGAUCCCAGGAUCACUACCGUCUCUCAGAUCAUGACCAAGAACCCCAUGGUAACCCGUGACACUACCAGCGCCACCGAAGCUUUGCAGCUCAUGGUCAGCCGUGGUUUCAGGCAUCUCCCGGUCUGCAACGAGGACGGUGACGUCGUCGGUCUCCUCGAUAUCACCAAGGUCUUCCACGAGGCUCUCGCCAAGGUCGAGCGUGGAUCCACCGCUACCUCCCAGCUCUCUGCCGCUCUCGCCGGUGUCCAGACCGAGCUUGGUCCUGGUAUGCAAGGCAAUCCUCAGGCGGCUGCCAUGCUCGCCUACGUCGAGACUCUUCGUGAGCGAAUGGCGUUGCCCGACCUGACCACCGUGCUCGAUCUCCGAUCGUCGCCUCCUGUCGUCACCCCUCGAACUAGCGUGCGUGAUGCUGCCAGGCUCAUGAAGGAGCGCCGAACCACCGCUGUCUGUGUCAUGGAGGCCAACCACGGGACGUCGGCCAUUUCCGGUGUUUCUUCUGGCGGUGCACCUCCCAAGAUUGCUGGUAUCUUUACCAGUAAGGAUGUUGUGCUGCGAGUCAUUGCUGCCGGUUUGGAUGCGCAGAGAUGUUCGGUGGUCAGGGUCAUGACUCCCCACCCUGACACGGCUCCUCCCACCAUGGUCGUCCAGGACGCGUUGAAAAAGAUGCACAAUGGUCACUAUCUCAACCUUCCCGUUGUCGAGUCUGACGGCAGACUCAUCGGCAUUGUCGAUAUCGAAUCCAUGAGCGAAGACCAAGACAACCAAAGCGGUGGACCCAUGUGGUCCAAGUUCUUUGAGGGUCUCCCCGGUGCUGGUGGUGACGACGACACCGCUUCCAUCGUGUCCGCCUCGGAACGCCCCGAUACCCCUUCGCGCUCUCACCUCGGCCACGGCCGUGGUCUCUCCAGCAUGACUUCUCCCAUUUCCGAGAUCAUGCCCAACGACUCUGCCUCUGCUGUAGACGACGGUGCUUCCGAUAUCGGUGGUAAGCGAGGUGGUGCUGCUUCCAGCGUCGCGCCUCCUUUGCCAGUGGACGACGGAACCUACGUGUUCAAGUUCAAGACGCCUUCUGGCAGGACACACAGGUUCCAGGCUCGAUACGACUCUUUCGAUCUCCUCCGAGACAUUGUCGCUGGCAAGCUCGUGUCGGACCCCUUCUUUGCGGCUUCUUCCGCGCCUGAAGGUACCGAGGUUCACCUUCCUGACCCCAAUGUCUUUACUCUCCACUACAAUGAUGACGAGGGAGAUCUGGUGACCAUGACUGCGGACGGUGAUGUUGAAGACGCCGUCAGGAUCGCGAGGAACCAAAAGACCGACCGAGUGGUGUUGGUCGUCGACGGAGGCAAGGUCUGGGAAGCCGCUGCCAAAGACUUGGGCGGCGAGAAGGCUGUGGAAGCUCUCAAAGCUGCCGCCGUCGAAGAAGCUCCCACUCCUGUCGUCGCCACCCCAGCCGCCGCCGUCGACCCCGAAGAAGCCGCGCUCGUAGCUCCCACCGCCAACCCCGCGACCGAACCUACGUAUACCUCUGAAAAAUCGGCUCACCCCGUGCACGCUCCGCAGUACCAAGACCACGGUCGUACGAUCAGGUCGAGCGAUGGACAGGAGCUUGUGGCUGGGUUCUUGCCCAAGGAUAUGGUCUUGCCGGCGGCGAUUGGGUUUUUGGGUGUGGUGAUUUUGGGCGUGUUUAUCGCUGGCAAAAAAUAG